AUGGAUUCCAGUGGAGGGCCAGCCCUGGCCUCGUUCAUCAUGAACGAAGAGGAGCUGAAGAGGAAGCAGCGGGAGAAGCUUAAGAAGCUACAGGCCACCGGUGGGAACCCCAGGCCCGCCCGCUCCCUCUUCUUCUUCACUCUCAAGAACCCCUUCCGAAAGUCCUGCAUAAACAUUGUGGAAUGGAAGCCCUUUGAGAUCAUCAUCCUGCUGACUAUCUUUGCUAACUGUGUGGCUCUUGCUGUGUUUCUGCCCAUGCCAGAGGACGAUACCAAUUCUACCAACUCCACCUUGGAAAGCUUGGAGUACAUCUUUCUGGUCAUUUUUACUCUGGAGUGCUUCCUAAAGAUAGUAGCGUAUGGGUUUUUGUUCCAUGAAGGUGCUUAUUUACGGAACUGCUGGAACAUAUUGGACUUUGUCAUCGUUUUUAUGGGGCUCUUUACUUUGGCAGUGGACACAAUCAACAAAAUAGCUGGGGUCCCCACAGAGAAAGGAGGAGGGUUUGACAUGAAAGCUCUCCGAGCCUUUCGAGUGCUUCGGCCUCUUCGGCUCGUCUCUGGAGUUCCUAGCCUGCAGGUAGUGAUGAACUCCAUUCUGAAGGCUAUGCUGCCAUUGUUUCAAGUCGUUCUGCUAGUCUUCUUCUUGGUUACCUUGUAUGCCAUCAUGGGUUUGGAGUUGUUCAAAUGCAAGAUGCACAAGACAUGCUAUUACCAAGGCACUGACAUGAUUGCCUUACAGGGGAACGAGGUGGCAUCCCCCUGUGCCCAGGCUGGAAAUGGCCGCCGUUGCACCAUCAAUGGGACAGAGUGCAGGGGAGGCUGGCCAGGUCCCAACUUUGGCAUCACCCAUUUUGAUAACUUUGGCUUUGCUAUGCUGACAGUCUUCCAGUGCAUCACAAUGGAGAGCUGGACUAAUGUGCUAUACUGGGUGAAUGAUGCUAUUGGUAAUGACUGGCCAUGGGUCUACUUUGUGACACUGAUUCUGUUGGGAUCUUUCUUCGUCCUCAAUCUGGUACUUGGAGUACUUAGCGGUGAGUUCACUAAAGAGAGAGAGAAAUGUAGAUCCAGAGGAGAGUACCAGAAGUUGCGAGAGAGACAGCAGAUGGAUGAAGAUUUAAAAGGUUACAUGGAAUGGAUCACACACGCCGAAGUCCUGGAUGCUGAUCAGGAAGGGCGAGGUCUUCUCCCUCUGAAGGACAGUGGUUCGGAGACAGACAGCCUUUAUGAAAUGGAGGGUUUAAACCGUAUAGUAUAUUACUAUCGCCUGGCACGUCGCUGGAAUCGAGUCCUUCGGCUGAAGUGUACUGUUUGGGUGAAGUCAAAAGUGUUCUACUGGCUGGUCAUCCUGGUGGUGUUUCUCAACACUCUGGCCAUUGCCUCUGAGCAUCACCCCCAGUCUGAAGGGAUGACUCAGUUUCAAGAUAUUGUGAAUAAGAUCCUGCUGACCUGUUUUGCGAUCGAGAUGUUUGCGAAGAUGUACGCCUUUGGCUUCCGAGCCUACUUUAUGUCUAUCUUCAACCGAUUUGACUUCUUCGUUGUGACUGUGGGCAUACUGGAGAUCAUCUUGGUUUCAGCAAAUGUCAUGACAUCACUGGGCAUCUCUGUAAUGCGGUGUAUUCGACUCUUACGUGUGGUGAAGGUCACAAAGUACUGGAAAUCUCUCAGCAACCUUGUGGCCUCUCUGGUAAACUCAGUGCGUUCUAUUGCCUCCCUUCUCCUCCUGCUCUUUCUCUUCAUCGUCAUCUUCUCUCUUCUGGGCAUGCAAGUCUUUGGUGGCAAAUUCAACUUCCCUGACAGGGACAUUCAGCGCAGCAACUUUGACAACUUCCCUCAGGCUCUCAUCAGUGUGUUCCAGGUCCUGACUGGAGAAGAGUGGGAUACCAUCAUGUACAAUGGAAUCAUGGCUCAUGGUGGACCAAGUUUCCCUGGAAUUCUCGUCUCCAUCUACUUUAUCAUCCUGUAUGUCUGUGGAAACUUCAUCCUCUUGAAUGUGUUCCUGGCCAUUGCUGUGGAUAACCUAACUGAAGCUGAAAGCCUUUCCACAGCACAAAAGGAGAAAGAGGAGGAGAAAGCUAGGAAGAAGCUCAUGAGAACAGCCCCGCCACAAAAAAGUGAGGAAGAAAAAGCUCUGAUGGUCAAGAGGCUGAUGGAGGCCAAACAUAAAACUGAAGGCAUGCCCACGACUGCAAAGCUUAAGGUGGAUGAGUUUGAAUCGAACGUGAAAGAAGUGAAGGAUCCAUUUCCUCCUGCUGACUUCCCAGGUGAUGAUGAAGAGGAAGAGCCUGAGAUUCCUAUCAGUCCAAGACCAAGGCCCAUGGCUGACUUGCAGCUCAAAGAGACUGUGGUGCCCAUGCCCGAAGCCAGUGCCUUUUUCAUCUUUGGCCCACAGAACAAGUUCCGUAAGCUGUGCCACAGAUUUAUCAAUGCAACCCCCUUCACCAACUUCAUCCUCCUCCUCAUCCUCCUCAGCAGUAUCUCUCUGGCUGCUGAGGACCCCAUUGACCCCAAAUCAUUCAGAAACAAGAUCCUGGCUUACGCUGAUAUUGUCUUCACAACAGUUUUCACCAUUGAGAUUUUGUUGAAGAUGAUGGUGUAUGGAGCCAUCCUGCACAAGGGCUCCUUCUGCCGGAACUCCUUCAACAUCCUGGAUCUGAUUGUUGUUGCCGUUUCACUCCUGUCUAUGGGACUAGAGUCCAGUGCCAUCUCUGUGGUUAAGAUUCUCAGGGUGUUGAGGGUUCUGAGGCCACUGAGGGCCAUCAAUAGAGCCAAACGGGUGAAGCAUGUGGUCCAGUGUGUCUUUGUGGCCAUUCAAACUAUUGGCAAUAUCAUUGUGGUCACUCUGCUCUUGAACUUUAUGUUUGCUUGCAUCGGAGUCCAGCUCUUCAAGGGCAAGUUCUACUCUUGUACAGAUCCACUGAAACUGACUGAAGUAGAAUGUCAGGGAACAUUUGUGAAGCAUGUGCGGAACACACUCCAUGAAACGGAGGUCCACCAGCGGCAGUGGGUCAACAACGACUUCAACUUUGAUAAUGUGCUGAAUGGCAUGCUAGCGCUCUUCACCGUCUCAACAUUUGAGGGAUGGCCAGAAUUGCUCUAUAAGGCUAUAGACUCAGAUGCAGAAGACAGGGGCCCAGUUUAUAACAACCGUGUGGACACCGCCUUAUUCUUCGUCAUUUACAUCAUCAUCAUUGCUUUUUUUAUGAUGAACAUCUUCGUGGGCUUUGUCAUUGUCACCUUCCGCGAGCAGGGAGAGCAAGAGUACAAGAACUGUGAGCUGGACAAGAACCAGCGUCAGUGCGUACAGUAUGCUCUGAAGGCUCGUCCCCUCCGAUGCUACAUCCCUAAGAACCCUUACCAGUACCAGAUCUGGUACCUGGUGACCUCGUGCUACUUUGAGUACCUCAUGUUCUUUCUUAUCAUCCUCAACACUCUAUGUCUAGGAAUGCAGCACUGUAACCAAUCAGACCACAUAACCAAGCUGUCAGAUACUUUGAAUGUCAUCUUUACAGUCCUUUUUACAAUUGAGAUGAUUGUCAAGCUUAUUGCCUUCAAAGCAAGGGGUUACUUUGGAGACCCUUGGAACGUGUUUGAUUUCCUCAUUGUGGUUGGGAGCAUCGUGGACGUCGUCCUCAGUCAGGUUGAUGCCGCUCUGGAGUCCAGUGGUGGACUGUACUGCCUCCACGGCUGUGCUGAAACAAACCCAAUGCAGGCCAUUGCUUAUGAAGAAAAUGCUCGAGUAUCGAUCACCUUCUUCCGACUCUUCCGUGUGCUGCGUCUGAUAAAGCUGCUGAACCGCUCCGAGGGCAUUCGCAACCUGCUGUGGACGUUCAUUAAGUCGUUCCAGGCUUUUCCUCAUGUGGCCCUCCUCAUACUAAUGCUCUUCUUUAUCUAUGCCGUCAUAGGGAUGCAGGUGUUUGGUAAGAUAGCCUUGGUGGAUGGCACGGAGAUCAAUCGCAACAACAACUUCCAGACAUUCCCACAAGCCAUUCUGCUAUUGUUUCGAACUGUCACAGGUGAGGGGUGGCAGAAGAUCAUGCUAGCCUGCAUGUCUGGGAAGCGUUGUGAUCCAAAAUCAGAAUUCGCUCCUGGAGAGGAAUACAGCUGUGGAACCAACUUUGCUGUUUUCUACUUCUUGAGUUUCAACAUGCUGUGCGCCUUUUUGAUUAUCAAUUUGUUUGUGGCUGUGAUUAUGGACAACUUUGACUACCUCACCCGUGAUUGGUCGAUCCUUGGUCCACACCAUCUGGAUGAGUUCAAGAAGAUCUGGGCGGAGUAUGAUCCUGAGGCGACGGGCCGGAUUAAACAUCUUGAUGUGGUGACUCUUCUCCGAAGGAUUCAGCCACCACUGGGAUUUGGUAAAUUCUGUCCUCACCGCUCCGCAUGCAAGCGAUUGAUUUCCAUGAACAUGCCCCUGAACAGCGAUGGAACGGUCACCUUCAAUGCCACGCUGUUUGCUUUAGUCAGAACAGAUCUUAAGAUUAAAACUGAAGGAAACUUUGAACAGGCUAAUGAGGAGUUAAGACUUAUUAUUAAGAGUAUCUGGAAACGGACCAGUAUGAAACUUUUGGACCAGGUCAUUCCACCUAUUGGAGAGGAUGAAGUCACUGUUGGGAAGUUCUAUGCCACCUUCCUGCUUCAGGAGCAUUUCCGUAAGUUUAUGAAGCGCCAAGAGGAGUACUAUGGCUACCGGCCUACAAAGAAAAGCGCAGCAGAGAUUCAGGCUGGUCUGCGCACCAUUGAAGAAGAAGCUGCCCCUGAGCUCCACCGGGCCAUCUCAGGAGACCUCAUCGCUGAGGAUGAGAUGGAGAGAGCCACGGAGGGAGGAGAGGAGGGCAUCUACAGGCGAACUGGUGGUCUGUUUGGUUUGACCAACACAGACCCCUUUGCGUCUGAGCCCAGCAGUCCCACUUCAGCUCAGACCAGCCAGCGGCCCUUGCAGUUGUCUGAGACUCGCCCAGAGGAUGUGGAGUCUCCUCCUGACUCGGUCUUUCUCCCCAACGCUGAGUUCUUCCCUACAACACCAACCAGAACUAACACCAACAACAACGCCAACUUCAUUGAGGGAUUCAUGAUAGAGCGAGAAUCAGCUGUUGGAACUAGAGACCAAUCCUUUGAAGACUUAAGAGACUCCAGCAUGUUCCUCAGCGGAGCCUCAUCCAUCAGAGAUGCUGAUGAUAGAAGCCAAUCAAAUUUCACUGUCAGAACCGACAUUACACAGUUCCCUUAUGAUCCUUCAUAUGGUCAGCCAAACACUCAAAAAGCAACAGAGACAGAGUCAUCGGCCACUGACCAACUCAUCCAACAGACAUUGAGAGACGGUGGCCUUGACACGCUGGCUGAAGACCCUAAGUUUGUGUCCGUGACUAAGAAGGAGAUGGCAGAAGCCCUGAAUAUCAGCGUAGAGGAUAUGGAGGGAGUCGCCAAGGGAAUGCUGAACGGGCGGAGUGGGAAACCAGUAAAACGUAAGAGACGUCCCAUCCCAGUUCCACCCAGUGCCAAGCCUGCCGAGCCGAAGGACCCCACCACUGCAGUGUAGACCUUUACCCAGUGUAAGAUACAUUGAGUCCAAAGCCUGUUCUGGAAACACAAAGUCCACCAACCUCACUAAAUGCUGUAUCACGUUGUUGACUGGUUGUUUUCUAAACAAAAACAAAGAUCUUUUACAGGCGCCUCUUUCAAAAAAUGUAGUUUGUUUUGUAGAAAUAAAAAAUGUAAGAGAACACUUGGCCAACAUA